CAUGACACUGACAGCUUUUCUUUAUUGACUUCUCGUUGGUUGUGUUGUGUAUAGACAGUUUACUGUAAUUGGAUUUUGUUAAAAUUAAGUUUUGUUUGUGCUUAAUAUGUUAAUUUUUCGAUGUGCGCUUAUUGUGUUAUCUUCCACUUAUAUUUUAUCAUUAUAUACUCAACUGAUAAACGAAACUGAUUUUUACGACACUGGUCUAGCCUUAAUGUACAUUGCCAGUGGAGCAUUAGCUGGAAAAAUCAUUUAUGACAGAUACCAGCAGAUAAAUAUAUUAGGUUCGUUAACAACAAAUCCAAAUGUGACUUCCUUUGCCAAUAGGAUAGCUUCAUUCUCAGCUACAUUAAUGUCUUUGGGCUUCCUCAUAUAUUACUUUCUGUUCCUAUAUAAGGUGGAUGAACAAUGUCUGAGGGCGUUGAGUAUAUUUAUAUGUGGCUUUGGAACUUUGUACAUUUGGGUGCAGUGCAUCGUAACGACGUAUGUUUCUACUCUCUUCUAUGAUAAGCGUCUGACUGUAUUGAGGCGAUGUCUGGCUAAUGCGAGCUUUCCAAUAUUAACUGUUAUGGCUGUGUCCGGAACACUUACAUCGUUUUUACCUGAAGAUGGUGUCGGAAGCCGGGUAUGUAAAGUUAUGACAUCUGUAUGUUUUUACACACUGACGACCAUAUUCUGUAUAUAUAUAUUGUCGUUUGAAAAGGAAUACAAGUAUUUUUCAGAGGGUUUGAGAUCCGAGCUAUUGUUAGAUGACGGUUGUUCGCUGAACAACGCGUCAGUCGACGAUGAAACUGUGUUAAUAAAUCAGGAGCUUAUAUCUGACAUAGUUAUAAAGAACACAUUAAAAUAUGGUAAAGUGUCCUGACCCGCGGCCGUGCCUGUAAAAGGCACGGGCAACGCCAAAAACUACGGGAGCUUCGAUAAGCAAAAAUUACAAAUUAAGACCAUAGACAAUCUAGAUCUAUCGCCCGCGUCAACCGUUGACAAUGACAGCGGUAUGUCAUCCGGCGAUAAUUCGUUGAAGUGUGUAUAUAAAAGUGAUAUUCCUAUAAAUAAUGAUAACGAUAACGAAAUAAAGUGCCUAAAUAAUGUAUGGAAUGAGAUUCCUAGCUGUUCUUACAAUGUUAACGAUAAUAGGGAGAGUUUGUUAGAUUCGGAGUACAUUGUGAUAAAUCUGUUCGAAGGUGAUGUUUGUGAUAAUAAAUGUGAAUUGGUCGGUACAAACAUAUAUGAUAUAGACGACGAUUCCAGUAUACUGAGUGUGUCCAACCAGAGUUUAGUUCCUGUAGCUAAUAGGGAACUUGUUAAAUCAGAAAGUCAGAAAUUGGUGAGUCUGUCACUGUCGAUACUUUUGGCGGCAAUACUACAAGCAAUGAGAUGUUUCGCCCAAUUCUUGGAAGACAUCGUGACUCCACAGAGACUAUGAUUGUAUUUUUAUCAACUGUAUCAAUAAAAUAUAUGUUAAA